AUUCCUCCUAAUAAGGUCUACAACUUACUUAUGACGGAUGCUAAGUAAAAGGUAAAAAUGAAGAGGUGCAAGACUGGAGCUUAAUUAUUUGCACCUAGAUUGUUUGAUGGCACCAAUGUGUAAGUACGCUGUAAAUGCUUGAAUCUCUUACCGUGAACUGUAACCACAUCAGAGAAAAUGGCAUCUGCCUUAAUCCAGGAGUUGCUGGAAAUGUUCCCAGAGUCACAGCUGACGUAUGUCUCAAACAAAGACAAUGAACUAGAAAGCUUAAACUUCCAGACAACUCUCAUGUCAAAAGUGUUUUUGCACUACCCAGAGAUACUGCUGGUUUUCCGGACAUACAAUAAUAAAGGGAAACAUUUAUAUACCUUCUUAGCAGAUGGCCCCCGUCUGAUAACCACUAAUGACAUGACAAGGAUUGUGCAUGUUGCAAUUCCUGAAAGUGGGUCAUUUUCAUGUCUAGAUAAGAUGUUCAACAUUUUUAAAGAUUUUAAUCCUAAAUGGACAAUGAUCAAAAUCUUUCUUGUGGACCCUCGCAUCAAAGGUAUGGGUGUUCUUUCCAAAGCUUUCCCGUCUGCAGAGAUUAUUCCCUCUGCAUUCCAUAUAUGCAGAAACUUGCUGGAGUAUUUUCACAACCCCGCAGAGACAAAGGCUUUGUUAGUAAAUGCUUUAAGAACAGCUAUGCGCUCAGCCACAAUGCAGAACCUCCAGACCUUGCACAUGAUCAUCAUUAAGUAUGUAAGUAAGGCUUUUUUGAGACAUAUGGAUAUAGAUUUGCUACUAGACGAUCGAAUCUGGGCCGUCCAACGUUGGAGGAAUGAAUAUGAAUCCGUUUUGUACUACCAGAACAUGGAAGCCACUUACAGCAAAAUUAGCGAACUAUUUGUUAAAACCCUUAGUUUUGAGAUCAACAUUUGUUCUGUGGCUAAAUACAUCCAGGAAAGCAUUGCUGGCUGUGGGGUGCCUGAUUUCCGUACCUGCAAUCGUCAUGAAUUGGCCUUGCUUAAUUGCUUACCAGAGGGAGCAGCAUCUCAAGGUGUUGAUGGUGAAUCUGAGACAGUACCAGAGUCUGCAAUAAUUAUCCGUGAAUCACUGGAUCACAUCUGUACCCCUGCAGCUUCCAAACUCUGUUCUAAAGAGUUGGCUAUUGCAGUUGAGUCAAUGAAACUAAUUAGUGCAGAGAAUGCUAUUGUGAAUAUUCAGUUGAUUGAGAAUCCCCAGCAUGUGUGGGAUAACCAGAGAAGAUGCACGUGUUACUUUAACCAAUUUCUGCAGCUGCCCUGCCGUCACAUAAUGGCUGUACUUGUCGCCAACAAGGAGGAUUUUAAAGCUGAAAUGAUUUCGAGUUUCUGGUGGCGUAAGGGUUCUUAUUCAGAUAUAAGUAGUCUGCUUUCGGCAGAUGUCUUAGAAAUAUUAAAUGGGGUAAACAAACAACAAAACAACGGAAAACAAUUUAGUGUUGAAAAUAUGAUGGAUAAGAUCAUGAGGUCCUUGGCACAGUGCAAUGAUGUGGAGUUUGAAAGGCGAUAUAAUGCACUAAGGGAGAUGGCUGAUUCUUGGAUUGGGCCUUAUGAGCAGGUUAAACUGUAGAGCAGGUCCACCUCCUGCAACUUGCUCUGUCAUUUAAAUGAGCAUUUGUUUUUGUAUGUUGCUUUUUUUUUAAAUAUUUUUUUAAAAUUGUUAUCUGUGGCUAUCUGAAAGUAGUGACUUUAAGAGCCACACCACGCAGAAGUUUAACCCCUUCAUGCCUGGGGUAAGUGUUUAACAUUGAAACAAAGCUCCAAAGUAACUGGUUGAAAAAUUAAAUCACACUAUCGUUAAUGCGAUCACGUGAUUUCAAGGCCGGGAUCGAUCAUGGGGGGGCUGCCUACGAUACUAGGCACGCCCACAGUCUGAUUUCCUAUUAAACAUAAGGAGGUUGUUGCAGGACGUCAAAAAAGGUAGGAUGUUCCAUGCCGUCCUAACAAUGUAAAAGCCCAGCUAUGUUAGGAUGGCAUGGAACAUCCUAACAGUUAAAGGGAAGGGAAACUUGCAUGCAAUAAUUUGUUAGGCUCCAACUCUGUAUUUAACACCUGAAACAGAGUUAAACACACAGUUGCAGUCCCACUCAGAUAUCCAAGUACUGCUGUCAAUUGGCUCACUGAUUUUAAAUAUAUGUUUAAUUUCUUUUUGUGGUUAAACACAGAGUUGAUGCGUUGAUAGUGUAAAAAUUCCAUCUUCUAAUGAAUAAGAGCAUGCAAUUUUUGCCCUAGAAUGUCCUUUUAACUCAAAAUCAUGGGAUAUAUUUUAUUUUUUAUAGGAAGCAUUUGGGGUAUAAAGUCUCUAGACACAAAUAAAAUAAAAAUAUUAUAUAUCUAUCUUUUCUCUUCUCCUCUCCUCUCCUCUUCUCUCCUCUCUCUCUCUUUUCAGAGUUAUUACAUAUACUAAGUACACAUUCCAGUGCUAACACUGGUCAGGAUACCCUUUAAAGGGACGUUAAACUCAAAUUUGUUUUCUUUCAUGAUUCAGGUAGAGAAUACAAUUUUAAACAACUUUCCAAUUUAAAUUUCUAUUAUCUAAUUUGCUUAAUUCUUUAGAUAUCCUUUGUUGCCGAAAUAGCAAUGUACAUGGGUGAGCCAAUCACACGAGGCAUCUAUGUGCAGCCACCAAUCAGUAGCUACUGAGCCUAUCUAGAUAUGCUUUUCAGAAAACAAUAUCAAAAGAAUGAAGCAAAUUAGAUAAUGUGAAUAAGAAACUUGUUUAAAAUUGCAUGCUCUUUCUAAAUCAUGAAAGACAAAAUGUGGGUUUCUGGUCUCUAAGCACUCUAGUCCCUUAUUUGUGUGGGGUGUUUUAACGUGGUAAUGUAAGUUAAAACAUCAUACUUUAUUUCAUGUAAAAAUGUGUCAAAUAGAAAUAAAACUGUGAUCAGCAAUAGAAGUGUUCAAAUUUUAAUUAUGCCAGAUUCUGCCUUUAUGAAUAAGUAGUAUUGAGGCAAUCACGCCCAAUAUUAUCUGCCUGUUAAACUUCUAGGCAUUUUUGUGUUUGUCACACUAUUCUGCUUUUCAUAAAUGAGCUGUGAUAGUUCUAAUUCAUUCUCCCUGAUUGCCUAAACUUGUUGACGUGCAGCAACAAAACUAUACAAAAUUUGAAAAUGUGCUUUUAAAGAGAAUUCUUCACUAUCCCUAUUCCCACUAGUACUGUUUAGAUGACAGGCUAUACAGAUAGAACGGCAAAAUCAGAACUCAUAAUAAUUCUUGUGGUUAAGGUGAUAGCUAUAUGUUCAACAUGCUGAUAUUUCCAUAUAUUAAUAUGCUGAUCAAAUUAUGCUGCCUUUCAUAACUGUGCAGUUGUAAUUGGUUGUAUGAUUUAACUUAUAUAUACGUAUACUGACCCAACCACAUGCUACACAGUGGGGUAGGUUCAGUAGCAACAGUCUCCAGCCUUUCAAGUUUUCCAGUAUAUCCAGUUAAAGGGCCACAGUAGUCAAAAAAUGACAUGCUCUAAUCCAUUAGGUUAUGUAAUCACACCAAAACUAACUGUGUUUUAACACAGUAGCAGUACUGCUCAGGACACUCAGAGCACUGCUGGUCCUGAGUGGAAAAUGCCACUGAACCAAUCAGUAGUGCUAGUCAUGCGACUUAGAUGUGUAACUAGCACUGCUGGUGCUAUGCGGUUCUUCUAAUGUGUGUUUUAACACCUUUGUUGGGGUUAAACACACAGUAGUGUAGAUGAUCUUAAAAUGACGUGCUCUAACAAAUAAGAGCCUGUAAUUUUUUUUACUGUAAUGGCCCUUGAAUAUAUUACUCUUUGGAACCUAUUCACUAUAAAUGGAGAGGCAUGCAAGCAUUAGUGUAUGUACUGCAUAGAAUAAAAUAGGAGCUGGAGAGGCAAGACAGGGCUUGAUAGUAAAUAUUCACCUGUGAUUGCUUAGAUUAAAGGGACAUUAAACACUUGACUGCUAAAAAUCAUUCAAAGUAACUUCUACCAUGUAAUAAUAAAAAACUGAGUACAGCUCUUUAUGCUAUAGCUUCAGCUUAUACAAAACAUUUCAAGAAAAUUGUUUCUAUUAGUAUAUAUAUAUAUCCAGGGCUUGAUGCAGCUAUGUAUGCCGCCAUAUUUUAACAGCACAGGAGUCCCAUGACACGCACUUCCUAUCUCCCUAGAGUCCCUAUAAUUUGUGCAUAUAAAGAACACAGCAGCAGCAGCACUAAAUGUUAUGCAGACAGAGCUUG